AUUCAUUCAUUUUUUAAUUUAGAUGAUGGGAUAAUGGUGCGCUAUCCUAUUGGAAAUACCUUAAUCUAUAAUGACGAACUUGAGAGAACCGAAGUAUCAAAGUGGUUUCCUAAUCUUAAGAUUUUAUUUGUUAGUUACGAUAAUCUUGACGUAGAUUUUAUCACAACUUUAACAGUCAAAGGACUAGUAUUGACAUCUUACUGCAAAGGCUUGGAAAAUGUCACUUUUCAUAAUCCGUCGCUUGAAAUGUUAGUGAUUUCACACAUUUGUAGUUUUUUCGCCAACGAGAUCCAAGGACCAAUAAUGAAACAAUUGAACAUAGGUUCAUGUAAUGUUUCAGAUUUUGCCAGAUGUGCUAAAUAUUUUCCCAAUUUAAAGCGACUCCAUAUUGAGGAAUACACUGAUUACACUUCCGACAAUUUUUAUACUGGACCUGUUCUUGAAAAGCUGGAGAUUUUGGAAAUGGUUUUUCACGCUCAAAUUGCUCCAGGUGAAUAUCAUGGAUUCAGCCUGGCAGAUCAAAAAAGCCAUAAAAGUAUUGUUGAAAACACAUUUGAUAUUCCAUCCGUUGAAAUGAUAGCAGCUCCAGACUAUUGUAAUUUUUUUGCAAACGAUAUACAAGGAACGAAGCUAAAGCAAUAUAUAUUUAUCGGAGCGUAGUGAAACGAAGUGGAGAUUAUAACUCAGGUUACCGACAAAAAAUUUCACUUCAAAUUUUUACGUUCACCGCAUUAUCUAUGAAGAUACUCGCGCGAUCUGAUCGCUACUUGGUAUAAAAACUACAAAUGACACAAUGAAUGUCUGAAAAAAAUUUCAAGGUCAUUCAAGGUCAUUUGUCGGAAAUUCGAAUUUUGACCUUUAGAGGUCAUUUGAAGGUCUCAAAAAAAAUUUUGAGUCCUUUGCAUCUACUUCGAAAAAUAUCAUCGUAAUUCAACAUGCAGUUAU